UCUAACCUGUCUUUCCGGAAGAACGCCCAGAUCCAGUUGCGGCUGGCAAAAUACGACCUCCGUGGAAAUUUCCUCGGCUGGCAGACCCUUAAAGGGGAACUUUGCAGAUGUGUCCUAAUACGCAGAGUGUGUGGGAUGCGGCAUUUAAAUUUGGGACCUACUACAGCCUGUCUUGUUCUCUGGCCGUGUCCGACCUCUUCCAAGCCGUACCGGAGCCUGUAUUCUAUGAGCUCUUCCUCCUCUACACCAGUACCCGCGGUGCCAGCAUGCUGUGGCCCAUACCAGUGUGGAAUGCCAACAUCCAGGGUGGCUCAGGCACCCUUGGCUCCAUCCCUCUCCGGCGGUUCUUCCUGAUUGAUGGUAUCUCCGGCAGACAGGCCAACCUUUCUAGUCAGCCCUCCUCUGUCACCGUCGCUACAAGCCUCACCCUGAGCAUUUACCUACCAGUCAGCCCUCCAAGCAGCCAGCCGCCUUUCCAGCUUACUGUGACAUAUCAGAAACGAAGCCUACAGACUUCAGCGCAGGUUUCAUUUGCUGUCACAUAUACGCAGAGCCAGGGGACAUUUAAAAGAGAUAUGGAUAUUGCGCUCGGAGUCUUGGGCUCACUUGCUGCUGUUGUAGCCAUCUUGGAGACCACUAGUUGGCUGCGGAGAUCAGGUCAGCAGAAUAUUGGGAUAAUGGUGAUAAUUAAAUUUUUGGCGUUUUCCUGCGGAGCUCUGGCAAACACAUUUUUCCUUGUUGUCUAUGGAACAUCAAUCUACUGGCUAAUUGCAUUUAAGGGUCAGACAACGGCAGUGACGGUCACCUUGCCUCCAUCCGGUGGUCAGGUUGAGACUGAUUUUAUCAUCUAUAUGUCGUUGGCGUUCGCCCUAAAGGUGUUGGAAUUGCUCCACCUGCUGGUCACUCAGCUAACUGCCAACAUUUUCCUCAUCGACUGGGAGAGAUCGAAGGACCAAUCAGCAUCCAAUUCACAAGGGAAAUCCAGUGUGAGUAUAUGGAGGACGGUCCUGGUGGCAAAUGAAUGGAAUGAGAUCCAGACUUGCCGGAAACUAAGCCCAAUGUUCCAGCUCUUCAUGGUUCUGCUACUUCUAGAGGUUGUUGGUCUUAAAAACUUCACAGCCAAGGACCUGAACUUGGACUUGAACCCUUCUGCUGGAUCUUACCAGGCCCCCUGGAGCAUCAUCCUG